AUGAACCAUUCACACGCCUGGUUUCCCUCUAUUUCUGUACAGUACAGUGUACCAUGUGUUUACAACUCUGACAGAAAUGAGGCUUCUUUAAAAGAGCUUCUAGACCUGCAGACUAAAGGAUCUCACCACCAGACUGUACACAACGUCUAUUUCCCCCACUAAAGAUUUGAAGCAUCACCUGUGAUAGAAGUGUUGGUUCAAAGGAAUUACCAAAGUGUCUGCGCGACACCAUGUCUGUGGUCAAAAUCCUGUGCUGUUUGCUGCUAACGUAUCACCUCAAUGAGGGGAAGAAAAUCAAAGAAAACAGAGCAGGUGCAGUGGACACAGAGCAGAGGGUAGUCCGGAGGAUGAAAGAGCCAUAUGUCAGCAGUUCAGUCUUCAGGAUGUUUUUAGAAGGUGAAGACAACUGCAUACUGAACCCUCUGCAGCUGCACACUCUCACCUCCUGUGGCUUCAACAGCAGUAAUCCCCUCAUCAUCAUCACUCACGGGUGGUCGGUGGAUGGUAUGAUGGAGGGCUGGGUGUUCAGGUUAGCCACAACCCUGAAGACAAAUCUAAUAGACAUCAACGUGGUGAUUACCGACUGGCUGUCCCUGGCUCAACAGCACUAUGCCACAGCUGCACAGAGCACCCGCACUGUUGGAAAAGACAUAGCUCACCUGCUGCAGUCACUUCAGAUACACUACCAGUACCCAGUUAGAAAGGUUCAUUUGAUUGGCUACAGCCUUGGCGCUCACAUCUCUGGAUUUGCUGGAAGCUAUCUGGAAGGUUCGGAGAAAAUUGGAAGAAUUACUGGUCUCGAUCCAGCGGGGCCACUGUUUGAAGGCAUGUCUCCCACAGACAGACUGUCCCCUGAUGAUGCUGAAUUUGUGGAUGCCAUCCACACCUUCACCAAGAAACAUUUGGGCCUCAGUGUGGGCAUCAAGCAAGCUGUGGCACAUUAUGACUUUUACCCCAACGGAGGAGACUUCCAACCAGGAUGUGACCUGCAUAGCAUUUACGAGCACAUAAGCCAGUAUGGACUCCUCGGUUUCGAGCAGACAGUAAAAUGUGCACAUGAGCGGUCCGUCCAUCUAUUCAUUGACUCUGUGCAGAAUAAAGACAAGCAGAGCAUGGCCUACAGGUGCAGUGACACAAGUGCUUUUGACAAAGGCGUCUGUCUGGACUGUCGGAAGAAUCGUUGCAACACACUGGGCUACAAUAUCAAGAAGGUUCGUAGUGGCACCAGCAAGAGGCUCUACCUGAAAACACGCUCUCGGAUGCCUUACAAACUCUACCAUUAUCAGUUCAGGAUCCAGUUUGUCAACCAGAUGGAGGGGAUCGAGCCCCUUCUCACCAUCUCCCUCACUGGAACAAAGGAGGAGAGCGGAGAGCUACCCAUUACCAUCACUGAAAGGAUUUCAGGUAAUAAGACCUACAACUUCCUGAUCACCCUGGACAGAGACUUAGGGGAUCUGAUGUUGCUCAAAUUGCGCUGGGAGGGAUCGGCUCUGUGGAAGAACGUGUGGAACCGGAUGCAGAACAUCAUUCCCUGGGGUGGCCGGGAGAGAAACCCACUGCUGACUGUGGGCAAGAUCAGCGUCAAAGCAGGAGAGACGCAGGAGAGGACAUUUUUUUGUGCCACGACAAAUGAUGGGCAGCGUGUUGAAGUGUCGCAAGAUAAAGUGUUUGUGCGCUGUAAAGAAGACACAUCAAAACAGCACAGAAGACCGCACAACUAAUAGAGUCCUGUGGGUUCCUUAAUCUGAAGAUCUCUGAUGGAUGGCCUGGAAGUUCACAACUGGAUCAAAGUCUGUAAACUCCUCAAAGUGAAGGCGCACAGAUUUAGGCAAUAAAUUAAAAAAUUACAUGUAUAUUUAAAAGGUGGCUGGAGUCGGGCCUGGCUACCAUUAAUUAAUUAUCGGAAGGAGAUCAUUUGAAAUCUUUGGCACAGUUGCAGCAAUGUUUUGAGUUGCCUUCAAAAGACCUGUUUAGAUACUUUCGAAUAAGGCAUUAUGUCAUGACUCAGCGAAUGGGAAGCAAUCAAUGGACCUCCAACAGGCGUGGAAUGGUACUUUAUUUACAGUACAGAAAAUUGUGGAAAAAAAGCAUAUAUCCAAAAUUUAUAAAACCUUACAAUUAGAUAAUUCCCAAGAUACAAUGUUGACUUACCUUUAAAUCUGCUGUAUUAUAUGCUGGGACGUAUACCGACUCUAUGGGGAUAAUUUGUAUAUCUUCAGGUAUUGUUAACUUCAAGGAAAAUGAUAACUAUUUCUUGGUUGCAAAAUGAACCCCCUACAGAGGAACAAUGGAGUAAGAGACCGAGACAGGUGUACAUAAUGAUAGAAAUGACUACACAAUUGCAAAUUGAAAAGAAUGUUUUUGUGCAGAGACGGACAUCGGCUAUUCUGUGUCUAGCUGAAUAGAAGAAAUGAUCUACCU